AUGCCCAAAAUCAAAGAGCUUUCCAUUUUUGAACGUGGUAAAAUCAUUGGACUUCAUAAAGAUAAUCAUAAUCCUAGACAUUUCCAGAAUUUUAAAUAUGGAUUAGUAUUUCCUGCUUCUCAGUCUGGAAGACCAUCUAUUUUUAAUGAUUUUGAUAAAUGGCAUCUUAUUCAAUUACUUAAAAAUGAUAGGCAGCAAUCUGUUGAUGAACUAACUGAAAAAUUUAAUGAAUUAGAACUUAAAACUUCAAGUUCCUUUACCAUAUGUCAUAACCUUUAUGAAUUAGGAUAUCAUGGGAUUAGAAAACUUUAG